GGCGCUGUGGCGGCCAGGCAGGCAGGGGCGGGAAGCAGCGGGAGCCGGCCCGGGAACUCCAACAUUCCCCUCCCCGCCCUCCCAGUCCCCUCAGCCGCCGGGGGCUACCGGCCUAACCGCUCACCGGGCCGUGAGGAGCCGCGCGCGCGGCCUUCCUUGCCGGCGCCGCCAGGGGGCGCCCGCCACAGGGGCUCGGGGGGAACCUUUACCCCCAGCUCUUGGGGGCCGGGGCCGGGGCUGGGCCGGGCUUAGCCCGGCGGGGGCGGUGUCUGGGGCACCUGCGACCCCCCCCCCUUCCCCGGCCUCGGGGCUCGCAGGUGAGCGCGGGGAGCGGGUCUCCUUCCCCCCCCGGGCAGGGGUCGCGGGGGCGCGUGGCCAUGACGGGCAAGUCGGUGAGGGACGUGGAUCGCUACCAGGCUGUCCUGGCUAGCCUGCUACUGGAGGAGGAGAACAAGUUCUGUGCGGACUGCCAGGCCAAAGGACCAAGAUGGGCCUCCUGGAACAUUGGUGUAUUCAUCUGUAUCCGCUGUGCAGGAAUUCACAGGAACCUUGGUGUGCACAUUUCCAGGGUGAAGUCAGUCAACCUAGACCAGUGGACACAAGAGCAGAUUCAGUGCAUGCAAGAGAUGGGGAAUGGGAAGGCCAACCGACUGUACGAGGCCUACCUACCUGAAAACUUCCGGCGACCUCAGACAGACCCAGCUGUAGAAGGAUUUAUCAGAGAUAAAUAUGAGAAGAAGAAGUACAUGGACCGAAGCCUGGACAUCAAUGCAUUUAGGAAAGAAAAAGAUGACAAGUGGAAAAAGAGCAGUGAGCCAGCUCAAGAGAAGAAAGUGGAGCCUGUGAUUUUUGAGAAAGUCAAAAUGCCUCAGAAGAAGGAAGAUCUGCAGCUACCUCGAAAAAGCUCCCCCAAAGCAAUUGAGCCGGUAAUGGACUUGUUGGGCCUUGAUGCUCCUGUGGCCUCCUACAGCAUAGCAAAUAGCAAGACCAGUAACACCCUAGAAAAGGAUCUAGAUCUCUUGGCCUCAGUUUCAUCAUCUUCUCUCUCAGACUCCAGAAAGGUUGUAGGAUCCAUGCCAACUGCAGGGAAUGCCAGCUCUGUUCCUGAAAAUCUGAACCUGUUUCCUGAACCAGGGAGCAAAGCAGAAGAAUCAGGCAAGAAGCAGCUCUCUAAAGACUCCAUCCUCUCACUUUACGGAUCACAAACUCCUCAGAUGCCUGCUCAAGCAAUGUUCAUGGCUCCAGCUCAGAUGGCCUACCCUGCAGCCUACCCCAGCUUCCCCGGUGUCCCCCCUACUGGUACCAUGAUGGGGGGUAUGAUGCCUCCACCAGUGGGCAUGCUGGCCCAACCUACAGCUGCUGGGAUGGUGGCCCCCGUGGCCAUUCCGCCAGGCUACGUAGGCGGUGUGCAGGCUGCGGUGAUGGGCGUCCCCAAUGGCAUGAUGGCUGCCCAGCAGGCUGGCUACGUUGCAGGCAUGGCUGCCGUGCCCCAGACAAUGUACAGCAUCCCACCAGCACAGCAACUGCAAUGGAACUUGGCUCAGAUGACCCAGCAAAUGGCCGGGAUGAACUUCUACGGCACCAAUGGCGUGAUGAGCUAUGGACAGUCAAUGGGCAGUGGCAAUGGCCAGGCAGCCAAUCAGACGCUCAGUACCCAGAUGUGGAAAUAAAAGAGGAGCACCUGCAUUGUUACCACUUCUUUUCCCAAAAUGUCCCUCCCCUCCCCUCUCCCUGCUUCCCUCUCUACCUCUUCCUGUUUUAUUUGGAAACUGCUCUAGGAGACAUACAGGGUUUGGCCUCCCAUACAGCCUGAUCACUUCCCCGUGCCCUGCGCCCCCCCCCCCCAUGCACCCUGCCCCCCACCUAAGACCUGCUUUCUGCUGUCCAUGUCCCACUUGAGCCUCCGAGCCUUGGUGUUCAGCCCUUCUCAAGGAGGCAGCAGAGCACACUCUAGCACCACUGGAUUGCAUACACCCAGAGCCCUUUUCCUUACAGGAGAGGAAGUGGCAUCUGCUCCCACAGCCUCUGAGAGAGGCACCAAGGGAAGGGCUUAGAGGCCCCUCUGUUACCUAUAUGUCCUUUGGGUUUUUUUUUUUUUAAGUUGCUUUGGGGGGGAGGGAUGAGGAGUGCUGGGUGGAGAAGGGGACUGUAAUCAAACUCCAAUCAUGGGUCUUUAUGAAGGGGGGGGUUACCAGGCUCAGGCCAAGCCAGGGAGAGCCAGGGUCAUUCUGCUCUGUUCCAAGAAGUCCUCUGUCUGUGGCUUUAGUCCUUGUCAUUGGAACCCAAGUCACUGUGAGGCUCUGCUGCCUGGAGAUAGGCCUCAUGCACACAGACUGGGGUGGUGGUGGUUAAAAAACAAAAUAAAAAGUUUUAGAUUAACAAACUAACAGAAGAGUUAAUUUAUCGACAGCUAAGAGCUCUUGCCAGUUUUUUCCUUACAGUUUUAAGGAUGUGUUAUCUGCCAUCCUAAUCAAUGCCCCCCCCCCUCCUUUCUCUCCCUUUGCAGUCCUGUGUGUUCUGGGGUAACCCUGGCACCUCUGUUUCUUGCAUAUUUUACACUGUGCAUGAGGCAGAGACCCCAGGCAGCUUUCCUGUCAAUCACCACUCACCUCACUAGAAAAUCAAAACAAAACAAAAUUUUUUGCUUAAAAGAUUUCAUUUGCUUGAACCAAAAUUUUCAGUUGACUUUCUCCUGUGUAUAUGUAAAUUCCUUAAUAAAUAUUGCAGUGAGAUGCUG